AAGGAGCUUGUUAACUGGCCAUGGCCACAAUUAGGGUUUCCAUUUUUGCACAGGUAGUGCUGCUAGUCGUGGCUCUGGCUUAUGGGGAUUUCACAUGUGAGGACUUGCCAAAGGAUUUGUGUGCAUUUUCGGUGUCAUCCACAGGCCUAAGGUGUACGCUCGAAAAGUUUUCGACAUCGAGCAAUACACAUGUGGAGUACACGUGCCAAUCUUCUGAGAUAGUGGUGGAGAACAAAGUAGGGUGGAUUGAAACUGAUGAGUGUAUUCAAGCAUGUGGGUUGGAUAGGUUUGAAAUUGGAAUUUCUUCAGAUUUAUUGGUAGAAGAGAGAUUCACACAAAUGCUUUGCUCCCCAAACUGUUAUCAAGAGUGCCCAAAUGUAGUAGAUUUGUACUUCAACCUUGCUGCUGGGGAAGGUGUGUUCCUUCCUAAACUAUGUGAAUCACAAGGGUCAAGCUCCAGACGCAGAGCAAUCAGCAUUAAGAGCUCCGGAUCUGAGGAAUGGUCUUCUUCUUCGAGUCCCAUUGAGGGUCCUAUUCCUGCAUUUGAAAUUGUUCCGGUUUCGCCAGUCGAGGUUCCUGAACCUUCUUUUGGGUUUCCUCUUCCACCGGUUUCACUAUCUGAGGCUCCAUUUAUGGUUCCAGUUUCUCCUGUUGAUGUUCCAGAGCCCUCAUUUGAGGGUCCUCCUUAA